AUGACGCCGCCCCGGUGUCUCCAGGUGGCUUUGUCUUCGAGCCCUCAGCCAACAUGGCUGCGGCGGCUACAGGCGCCCGAGGAGGCGCUGCCACCAGCCCGGAGGCGGCGUUCCCCAGAGCUUGGCGCCCGGCCCCGGAGGCGCGGCGGCCCGGCUUCCCCGCCGGGUCCCCGCGCCCGUCGCGCUGGAGGCGCAGCCGCGGCCCCGCCCAGGUUUGGAACAGCGACCUCCAGUCCAGACCCCAGGCCGCUCCACGCUGUUAAUUCAGACGUUCAAUUUCGUCGCUGGCCAUCACUGGGUGACAGCAGGCUUCCCCCAAUGUUGAGGGGGGUACAGGUUCGAUCCCUGGUUGGGGAACUAGGAUCCUGCAAGCUGCAUGGUGUGGUCAAAGAAAACAACACAAAACAGAGCGCACUGGGCCAAGUUGAAGGGCUAACCAGAAGAGAUACUCUCAACCAGAAGGGCAGCUGUUAUAGGAACCAGGGACCUGGAAGACAGAUGAACUGUCUCCAUCCUAAACUUGAAUUCACACACUGCCACUAACCUACGGUCUGGAUGAUUCAUACAGUGUGACCUAAUCAUGUGACCACUUGGAUGCCUCAAAGCCAAUUAAGUGAGAAAGAGAAGGUCAAGAUUGCAAUCUCCAGUGGGUGUCAUAAAUUCAGGUCAGUGAAAAUUAGUAAUGCCAGCAGUAAAGAACAUAUAGAUGGUGUUUCUUGCUCAACAAACGUUUUCCCUUACAGUGGACACUGGGACAUCACCUCCACUUCCCAUCUUUCUGGCUUUCUCUCAGGCUUCCUCCUCCAGAGGAUCCUGAGCACCUGUACCCCACAGCUGGGUCUCCUGCUCCACCCAUUUGAUGAGGGCUGGUUUGGGGUCUGGCAAAACUGGGGAAGAACCCUAAUCAUCCAAUAAACAGUUCUUAAGACUACCUACGCAUGCAUUUAAUGA